GCGGUGGCGACGAGGGCCUCCCAGGAGGCCCAAAAGAAGGGAAAGCGAGGGAAAGGUAGCAGUAUUGGUACAUCUUCUUCCUCUGAGCGUGGUCAUUUUUCUCCCUCUUGCCUUUGUCAGCAUUUUUUUUUCCCGUAGUGCGGUCAGCUCUGGGAUGGGGGAGGCCCGGGCUCGCUCACCGCGGCUGCGAGGAUCUCUCGCAGCUGCGCGCGCACCUCCUCGAUGCGGGCCUCCGGCGGCAGCGGGAUGCCCAGCGAGGAUCUGAGCUGCGGCCCGAAUUUGUUGUUCAGCAGGAUGAGCUCAAACUCGACGCGCUCCGCGAAGUACCAGAAGUUCAUGUCCUCCCCGCCGUUCUUCAGGUGCUGCGGGAUGUUGAAGGCGGCUAGCUCUAGGCCCGAGCUCUCCCAGGGCCUCGGCGUGCGGGACGGCAGCCGCGGAUGGCCGCUGGGUGCCGCCACGCAGAGCAACGUGACCGCCAGACCUCGACCCUUGUGCGCGAACGUGCUCUCGAACUGCAACGCCGACCUGGGCAAGUGGAACUCGCUCGUUAGCAAGAUGGCCACCUCGGCCUGCAAGCCGCGCAAGAUCGGCGCCGUGAACAAGGCGUUCUCGAUCGUGCUCUUGGCCUCGGGCUCCUCCAGAACCUCUGGCGACGCGUCGGCGCCUGCCCGCUCAUCCAACAACCGAUGCAUCAUGGCCGCCUCUGUCUCGCCGACCCCCGCCGGGUCACCCCCAGUGACGAUGAUCGGUGCCAAGGUGCGGCGCUGCAGGUCGAGCGCAAGAUCCAGCCUGUUCAACAGCGUCUCCGACGCGGAGCCGUCUGGCUGCAAAUUCUGGCCGAGAGUGAUGAUAGUGCUCUUCGCGAUCCCACAUGAGCACACAAUUCCUCAACAGACGUGAAGAAGACGCACGAUACCUCCUUGCUUCCAUCGGCCUCCGGCCCGCUCAUUGGUGGAUCCGCUGGGGAAAACCAGGCCUAGCAAGCUUACUGGACACGAGAGCUGCUUGAACCAAAAUGGGCGACGAAACCAAAGUGUCUUAGGCGAGAUGGCAUAGCGACCUUACGCCG